CGCCGCGGCGCGCGUCGGUGGCGUCAGAACAGCGACGCGCCGGGCGGGAAAGUCGAAAACGAAGGGGCGGCGACAGCUUCUCGGAAGUAAGUUCAGUACAUAAUAAUUUGGUCAAUAUGGUUUCCAAACGAAGACUGUCAAAAUCUGAGGAUAAUGAGAGCCUAAAAGAAGAUGCCUCCAAAGCAAGGAAGCAACCACCUUCCAAAAAGACAAAGAAAUCUCAUGUUCCUAAUGAAGUUGAAGAAAAUGACAAUGUGUUUGUAAAACUUCUUAAGACAUCAGGAAUUACUCUUAAAACUGGAGAGAGUCAGAAUCAACUAGCUGUGGAUCAGAUAGUUUUCCAAAAGAAGCUCCUUCAGACCCUGAGGAAACAUCCCUCUUAUCCCAAAAUAAUAGAAGAAUUUGUUAGUGGCCUGGAGUCUUACAUUGAAGACCAAGACAGUUUCAGGAACUGCCUUUUGUCUUGUGAACGUCUGCAAGAUGAGGAAUCCAGCAUGGGCACAUCUUACUCUAAGAGCCUCAUCAAACUGCUCCUAGGGAUUGACAUAUUACAGCCUGCCAUUAUUAACACCUUAUUUGAGAAGUUGCCAGAGUUUUUUUUUAAAAACAUGAGUGGUGAUGGAAUCAACAUGCCUCGACUUAUUAUCAGUCAACUAAAAUGGCUUGACAGAAUUGUGGAUAACAAGGACCUCACCACUAAGAUCAUGCAGCUGAUCAGUAUUGCUCCACUGCACCUUCAGCAUGACUUCAUCACCAGCCUGCCCGAGAUCCUGGGGGAUUCCCAGCAUGCUGAUGUGGGGAAAGAACUCAGUGACCUAUUGAUGGAGAAUACUUCACUCACCGUCCCAAUCCUGGAUGUCCUUUCCAGCCUCCACCUUGAACCGAACCUCUUGUCUAAGGUUCGUCAGUUGAUGAUGGAUAAGUUAUCAUCUGUCAGAUUGGAUGAUUUACCUGUGAUAAUCAAGUUCAUUCUUCAUUCCAUCACAGCUACAGACACACUUGAGGUAAUAUCUGAACUUCGGGAGAAGUUGGAUCUGCAGCAUUGUAUUUUACCAUCAUUGUUGCAGGCUUCUCAAAACAAGUUGAAAAUUAAAGGACGAGCAAGACUUUCAGGACAUCCAGAAAGCAGGAGUCCAGACUGCGUUAUUCUCUUCUUUGAUGUAAUAAAGACAGCUGUUAGAUAUGAGAAAACCAUUUCAGAAGCCUGGAUAAAGGCAAUUGAAAGCACUACCACAGUGUCUGAACCCAAGAUUUUUGACAUGGCGAUGCUUCUCAUCAUCUAUAGCACCAAUACUCAGACAAAGAAGUAUAUUGAGAGAGUGCUAAGAAAUAAGAUUCGAUCAGGUUGCAUUCAAGAACAGCUGCUACAGAGUACGUUUUAUAUUCAUUACAUGGUCCUUAAAGAUCUUUGUCCAUCCAUUUUGUCACUGGCUCAGAGUUUGCUUCACUCCAUAGACCAGAGUAUAAUGUCAUUUGGCAGUCUCCUAUACAAAUAUGCGUUUAAGUUUUUUGACACUUACUGCCAGCAGGAAGUGGUUGGUGCCCUAGUGACACAUAUCUGCAGUGGGAAUGAAGCUGAAGUUGAUACUGCAUUGGAUGUUCUCCUAGAGUUGGUAGUGCUAAACCCAUUUGCUAUGAGGCUGAAUGCUGUCUUUGUGAAGGGCAUUUUAGAUUAUCUGGAUAAUAUGUCCCCUCAGCAAAUACGAAAACUAUUCUAUAUUCUCAGCACACUGGCAUUUAGCAAAUAUAAUGAAGCCAGCAGCCACAUCCAGGAUGACAUGCACCUGGUGAUACGAAAGCAGCUCUCUAGCACCAUAUUUAAGUACAAACUCAUUGGGAUUAUUGGUGCUGUCACCAUGAUUGGCAUCAUGGCAGCAGACAGAUCUUCUAGUUCAACUGAAGGGAGAGAGAGCCCAAGUGAUGAACAUUAUACACAGGUGACCUCCUUGCUGCAGUUGGUUCAUUCCUGUAGUGAGCAAUCUCCUCAGGCCUCUGCACUUUAUUAUGACGAAUUUGCCAACCUGAUCCAAGGAGGAAAGCUGGCUCCAAAAGCCCUAGAAUGGGUUGGACAGACUAUCCUUAACGAUUUCCAAGAUGCUUUUGUAGUAGACUUCUGUGUUUUUCCGGAAGGUGAUUUUCCAUUUCCUGUGAAACCUCUCUACGGCCUGGAGGAAUACGAUACUCAGGAUGGGAUUGUCAUCAACCUCCUGCCCCUGUUGUUCUCUCAGGACUUUGCACAAGACAAGAGUCGAAUAACUUCACAGGAAUCAAGCCAAAAAUUGGUGUCUCCUUUGUGCCUGGCUCCCUAUUUCCGGUUACUGAGAUUUUGUGUAGAAAGACAACAUAAUGGAAACUUGGAGGAGAUUGAUGGUCUACUAGAUUGUCCUAUAUUCCUCACUGACUUGGAGCCUGGAGAGAGGCUGGAGUCCAUGUCUGCUAAAGAGCUCUCAUUCAGAUGUUCACUUAUAUUUCUUACUCUCAACUGGUUCCGAGAGGUUGUGAAUUCCUUCUGCCAGCAAACAUCGCCCGAGAUGAAGGGAAAGGUGCUCACCCGCUUAAAGCACAUUGUAGAACUGCAGCAAAUACUGGAAAAGUACUUGGCAGUCACCCCAGACUAUGUUCCUCCUCUUGCAAACUUUGACUUGGAAACUUUAGAUAUAACACCUCAUGCCAGUACUGCUGUUUCAGCCAAAAACAGGAAAAAAGGAAAGAUAGGAAAGAAACAAAAAGCAGAUGGCAGCAAGAUAUCCUCCCCUGACACACUAUCAAAGGAGGAUAAUUCAGAAUGUGACCCUACACCAUCUCAUAGAAGCCAGCUGAACAAGGAAUGCACAGGGAAGGAAGAAAAGAUGUCAGUGUCACUACAGAAUUACCAUGCUUUUUUCCGUGAGCUGGACAUUGAGAUCUUCUCUGUUCUGCAUUGUGGACUUGUAACCAAGUGCAUUUUAGAUACUGAAAUGCACACUGAAGCUACUGAAUUUGUGCAACUUGGGCCACCUGAGCUGCUUUUCUUACUGGAAGAUCUCUCCCAGAAGCUAGAGAAUUUGCUGACACCUCCUAUUGCCAGGAGAGUCCCCUUUCUCAAGAAUAAAGGAAGCCGGAAUAUUGGAUUCUCACAUCUCCAACAGAGAUCUGCCCAAGAAAUUGCUCACUGUGUUGUUCAACUAUUGAUCCCAAUGUGUAACCACCUGGAGAACAUUCAUAACUAUUUUCAGUACUUAGCUGCUGAGAAUCGUGACGUAGUUGACAGACCAGGAGUGAAAAAUCAGGAGUACCAUGUGAUGUCUUCCUGCUAUCAGAAGCUACUGCAGAUUUUUCAUGGGCUUUUUGCUUGGAGUGGAUUUUUUCUGCCUGACAAUCAGAAUUUACUGUAUUCGGCCCUUGAGGUCCUGGCUAACCGAUUGAAGCAGGGAGAACGUGACCAGUCCUUGGAGGAACUGCUCAGCCAGAGUUUCCAGUACUUGCAGAAUUUCCAUCACAGCAUUCCCAGUUUCCAGUGUGCUCUUUAUCUCAUCAGACUUUUGAUGGUCAUUUUGGAGAAAUCUACGGCUCCUACUCAGAACAAAAAAAAAAUUGCUUCUCUCGCCAGACAGUUCCUCAGUAGGGUGUGGCCAAGUGGAGAGAAAGAGAAGAGCAGCAUCUCUAAUGACCAGCUCCAUGCUUUGCUCUGUAUCUACCUGGAGCACACAGACAGCGUUCUGAAGGCCAUAGAGGAGAUUGCUGGUGUUGGUGUCCCAGAAUUAAUCAACUCUCCUAAAGAUGCAGCUUCUUCCACGUUCCCUACACUGACCAGGCACACCUUUGUUAUUUUCUUCCGUGUGAUGAUGGCUGAACUAGAGAAGACAGUGAAAGUUCUUCAGGCUGGCACAGCAGCAGAUUCACAGCAGAUUCAUGAAGAGAAACUCCUCUACUGGAACAUGGCUGUUCGCGACUUCAGUAUCCUCAUCAACCUGAUAAAGGUAUUUGAUAGUCAUCCUGUUCUGCAUAUAUGUUUGAAGUAUGGACGUCUCUUUGUGGAAGCAUUUCUGAAGCAGUGUAUGCCGCUCCUAGACUUCAGUUUUAGAAAACAUCGGGAAGAUGUUCUGAGCUUACUGGAAACCUUCCAGCUGGACACGAGACUGCUUCAUCACCUAUGUGGGCAUUCCAAGGUAGGAGGAGGAAGCAGGUCCUUUUGGCAUCUUUGCCUGUUAAUUUAAUCUGAAUUGUUGUUGGGGGAUCCUCGUGCUGUUAUUACUUCUUCCUUUUUUACUCCUUGA